UGCCAUUCCUGAAUUGGUCCGGUCCCCGUGACUGUGGCAUCAGGGGAACGAACUGUUAGGCGAGAGGAGGCGGCAGUCAGAACCAUAUCCCCUUCCUCCCUGGGGCGGGGGCCGGGCUGGGCCGGCUGAGCCGGGGGAGGGCCCGGGGAGGGAGCGCCUGGCCAGGCCGGCCUGUCUGCCGAGAUGGAUGACAGUAAGGUGGUUGGAGGCAAAGUAAAGAAGCCCGGUAAACGUGGUCGGAAGCCAGCCAAAAUUGACUUGAAAGCAAAACUUGAGAGGAGCCGGCAGAGUGCAAGAGAAUGCCGGGCCAGAAAAAAGUUGAGAUAUCAGUAUUUGGAAGAGUUGGUAUCCAGUCGAGAAAGAGCUAUAUGUGCCCUCAGAGAGGAACUGGAAAUGUACAAGCAGUGGUGCAUGGCAAUGGACCAAGGAAAAAUCCCUUCUGAAAUAAAGGCCCUACUCACUGGAGAAGAGCAGAGCAAAUCUCAGCAGAACUCAAGCAGGCACACCAAGGCGGGGAAGACAGAUGCUAAUAGCAAUUCCUGGUGAAGAUCAUAUAAAAUGAUGUCAGUGAUUGAAGCCAAUAUUCUGAUUUCCGUGGAGGAUGAAUCAGCAAGAAUGUACUUCUUUGGCUCCAUUUACUACCUACUGCUCAGUAGUCAUCUCUGUAAAUCUGCAGUUUCUUUCAAAAUGUGUGAUCAUAGAUCUCAAAGGAUCUUGCUUUAACUUUCAACAGUUAGAAAAUUUACAGAUAUUCAGACCUGUUCUGGUUGGUAUUGCCAUUCGUGACAUUUAAUGUGUUAUGAUGCUUGAAAACACAAGAGUAGAGAAAAAUGGGUGAAGAUUGUAUUUUUGCACCUUAUCUCCACAUUGCUUUAUUGGUUAAUUUAUAUUCUUUCCCUGUAAUUCAUGUGUAUGUGUAUGUGUAUGUGUGUUUAGGUGUCACCUCCUUUCAUGUUUUUGAUUGCCCUACAAAGAGAAACCAAGUGGGUUGAUUACUGACUCUUAAGUUCUCAGCCUUUAUGGACCUAAUCUUCUUUUAUAUUUACUUGAGUAAUGUUUAUUUUUCACAUAAACCAUGAUUUCUCCUGUGAGCCAUUCCAGCAUAAGCUGUGAAUAUGUAUUAACAAAUAUAUACAUUUCUAUUUUUAUAAUCCAUAGUGAUAUGCCUGUUUUAAAUAAUGUUCAUAUUAACAAAAUCCAAGGGGAAAACCCUCAAGACAGCCUCUAUUUAAAACCUUUGUUGCUGUCUUCUCAAGCUAUAUUUAUAGAAGUUUGCUAGGGCCAAAUCCAUACUUGGAGAAUAAUUAGUCAAAUUUUAUUUUUAAGCAAGAAGUAACCUUUCAGGCAUUUCAGCAGCAUACAUUAUCUUGACAACCUAGAGUAUGUAUGUAUAUAUGUGUUUCUAUUGUAUGUCUAUAUAUGCACGUGGGAAGGACAGGAGUGAAUGUUCACACACAUUUUCUUGUGUACUCAACUAAGUUGGAGAAUUUUUUUUAAGAGAACAGGAUGAAACUAGCGGCUGAGAUUGAGAUCUAGAACAAAACAAAAGACACAUUGCUGGUAGAUAUAAUGGCUGUAGCCAUAACCAGAACACUUAAUUUCUUCCCUGACAUGAAUUUCCUUAUGAAUGUGUUCUGAGCCAGAAAGAAACACACGGUGGGCAUGCAUCUGGCUCAGCCCUGGCGGUGCUUCCACUGUGGAAAGCACAGGAGCUGGAGUUGUGCCCAGCACCAUAUCUAGUGGGCCUGGCAGAUGUGGAAGGGCAGAGUAGUUCUCCCCAGUUCCCAUCGUAGUUACGUUUACUUUUUCCUGACUACAAGAUGGAGUGAUGGUUGAGGAAUCAAGCUCAUAACAUGACACACUCAGAUAGACCUAGAAUCUUUUGAUUUCUCCAGUGAGACACUUUAUCACUCUUUCUUCUCUUGCCCAUAGUUAAAUCAGGAGUAUGUUCUCUUGUUGCUGCUAAAUUAUCAUUGUUUGUCACUCUAGUGAAGCAAACGUUUGGCUUUCAAACAAAAUAUAGUUUGUUUUAAACUGGCAAUUUAACAGGAGGCAUCAUAGUCUCAAUUGUCUUCAAGGUGGAACAUGAGAUGGACCACAUAGUUUAAGAUUACAAGGUACUUUUCUCCCUUCUCUCAGGCCAUGCAUUCAAAUAAAGUGCCUCCCUUCAGCCUGAGUUCCUAAAGACCUCUUGUGCUUAGGCUGCAAACCUGGAUCUCUAGUCUACUCCAGUCUAGUUGUAUGUGACUACUGAUAUACCACUAGCCCAGCUUGUUGGGUCUCUCUGUAUUUUGGAAGAUUGGGGGUUUAAGAAUAUUUAAUGUCUUUUUAGGAUUAUAAAUAUAUAUAGACUAAGGACUGUUGAUAUUCAGGACUUCAGAAUUUAAGUGUUUUAAAUAUAGUGUUCAGAUUGUAAUGGGUAUGUUUUUGCCAUCUGGCCUACUCAAUUGUAUAUUUUUAUUUUGCAAAACAACCCAAGACUGACUUUGUGUUGCUUUUGUUCAGUACCUUUAAAAUUCCCCAGAAGAGUUGUUUUCAAAGCAAACAUUCCAAAAUGAAUGUGGCCCAUCAAUGGAAUGUCUCCAUUGUGCUUCAAGUAUUUCUUCUCUGGUUAUAAUUUUAAGUUACAAGGUCGUUUGUGCCUCCUCCCCUCCCCCCGUAUCUUUACAAGAGCGGUGACUUUGUCCUCAGGUAGUGGAUGUGUAAUUUUGGGUGAAAGUAAAUUACAAUUUAUUUGACUUUAUUCCUAAACUUAUCUACUUGGUAUUUUGAAUAGAUCAAACCAAAAAAAAGUUCCUUGGUCUUAAAAAGAAUGUUUUGAUUGAUUUGGGUAUUGUGCUGGCUGCACGCUUUGGCCACUUCUAAGUAUGUUAAUAAAUGUCACUGAUUAAAACAGCUGGAGCAUUUCCUUCCCCAUUCCAGUUAAGGAGCAGCGAACUGAAGUAAGCAGGCAUCUCUCACUUACUGUGACGGCAACAGCAAGGGUGAGAGAACUGGUGAGCUCAGGAGAGGCUGCUGUUCUUGUUCUCUGAGUAAAUAGUAAUGUUUUCUUUUUCUUUUUUUCCCAAAAAAGAAAAAUAAAGGGGAAAAUAUACUUGUGUGUUUAGACCAGUCAUAUUCUGUCAUUAUUUUAUCAUCAACCUGCCAUAUAUUAGAGCAACUGAAUAAAACAUGGAAUAAGGUUGACUGGGUCAAGUUUUAGGAUAUAGUUGAAGUUCUUAAAAUUUUUUUUGCUUUAUUUAAAAUCUUUCUAUUAUAUCUAAGUCAGAACUAUCUUACUGCAGCAAAUUCAUAUCACUCUUUGCCAGCUAAUUGACAGUAUUUAUCAGCAUCACCAUUUUAGCAUUUUAUUAUCAUCUUUGAAUUAUGAUAGGUUUGAUUUGGCUAAUUACAGAAAGGACAGCUUUAAACUAGACUUACUUUUAGUUAAAAUAAAGGCAAAGAAUUAAAAAACAAAUGCUGUAUUUCAUAAGAAAUCAGUUACAUAUUAUCACUUACAUAUUUAGCUUUUAAAAAGAGGAAGAUUACUGUUAAACCACAUGGUAUUUGGGGGCAUUGAAAAAGGAAUUUUUCUUUCUCUGAAGAACAUUGUACAAUAGUAUUUUUAUGAAAAAUAAAAUAUCUUCACCAGA